UACCUUCGCAGCAUUCGUACGUAGCAGGGCCCAACAAUGGGAAAUACGCCACGCUUAGUAAAACAGUGUAAAACGCUCGAAUCGAACGAUUUCUACUGAGAAUCGCCUGCCUGCAAUGUGUCUGCAGGCAGCAAUAAGUUAGAUAAGAAACUGACAGCUUCUACGGGCGCUCUCUCCGCUUCGGCCGCCUCAGCGAUCAUCGAAAACGAUCCCAGCAAAGAUCCGCGGGACAUCAGCAACAACGGCUUCAAUCGGUUUGAUCCUAUGUACGUCAGCAUCGGGCCGAAAGCGAUUCGGAAUGUCACUCAAGCCAACAAGUGUGCCACAUUGCGGCAUGGAGGCCGCUACGGAGGUUCUCUAACAGCCUCCGUUGGUGGAGGAAACCGGGGCACCAGCCCUGGGCCGCUGCUCAAGAACGUCCAACAGCCAAUCAUAGGACAGAACCAAAGCAGCCUCCAUCAGUUCAAACAACCGCAACAGCAGCACACCCAACUUCAAGACAAACCGGAUCGUCACAGUCAUUCCAAUCAACCAAAGCUCAACAUUUCAACCGUCUCGAAAGACUACAAUCAAUCUUACUCGUGUGCAACGCUGCCAUACAAGAAACCUAGCGGCUUUACCGAAUCUACCGGUACCACAACGACAUCGAUCCUGAAGAAGGAAAGCAACCUGGACAGCAAGCAACAUCAACCGCCACAACCGACCAUCUACAGUAUCGACACUUCCCAUCACCAGCAGCCGCCAUCGCAACCGCCGGCAACCACUCAACAGCAUCACAGAUCACUUUCCAGCACCAAUCAGUUGUACCAGGAAACGGGAGCUGGAUCAGCAUUCGCCAGUCCACCGCCAUCGUCUGCCUCAACGGCCACCACCAAGAGCAACAUUUCGAUCAUCAACCAACCACUGCCCGAAAUUCCAACUGCCGCCGCUCAAGCCCUGAAGAACAAUCAACAACCGCUGUGUGCAGCCACCUUGAACCAGUAUCGUUCGUUGCAACGUCCGAGCAAACAUAGCUCUCUGUCGGUUAAAGAGCAACAGCAGCAGCAGCAGCACAGCAACUCAUCGAUGCAACACCAUCAACAGCAACAGCAGCAGCAGCAACACCAACAACAGCAGCAACAGCAGCAGUUGCUGCAACAUCAGCAACAGAUGCAACAACAUCAGCAGCAACAUUCGCCACAACCACCGCCGCAAAUACAGCAGAAACCUUCCAUACCACCGAAGGUAACACCACCGAUGCUGCCACCAAAGAAUCGACACAAGGAUGAGUCCACCUACCAGACCCGAUCUUCGAGCAGGCCUCAACAACCAUUACCUCAACCCCCAUCCCGUCAAACAUCCUCGUCGUCGAUGCAAUCGUACGCCAGCAGCACCAGUGGAGGCCCGAUGGUUCAGCUCAGUGCCAGUGGCAAGAACAACUUCAACGCCAUCCAGAUGCAGCUGCAGAACCAGCUGCACUUCAAGCAGUACCAUCAGCUGAUGCAGCAACCCUGGCAGCGGGAACAGCUGCCCUCGGGUGCCGCUCAUCAACACUACAUGCAACAAGCGCAGCAGCCUCCACAAUAUCCGGGCCAUGAACGUGGUAGCUACGAGCCAAAGAUGUCCGGUAGCAGCAAUCGAAACCGAUCCUAUUCGGGAAGCAGCGAGCGAGAGCACGCUGCACAGCAGCAUCAUCAACAACAACAGCAGCAGCAACAACAACAACAGCAGCAGCAGCAGCAACAGCAUCACCAAAAAUCGAGCAAUAUCGAAAAGCAAAAGCAUCAAUCGCAAUCGAAGAAUCAUCACCAUCAUCACAGCGGCGGCGGCGGGAGUGCAUCGACAACUUCGUUUAGCAUCCAAACACAAACACAACAACAGCAACCGAUGAUGCAGCAACAGCAACAAGCGUCUGCACAUCAUCAUCACUAUCCGCAGCAACAGCAGCAGCAACAACAGUCACAGCAGGCUGUGACUCAAACGCAGCAACAACCGCAACAACCGAAGAGCAUUCUAAGCAAGUCACGAAGCAACGAAGCCCGCGAACGGGAACGAGAAAGAGAACGGGAACAUCGUGAGCGGGAACGAGAACAUCGGGAUCGGGAUCGAGAACGAGAACGAGAACACCGGGAUCGGGAUCGAGAACGGGAACAUCGGGACCGGGAGCACCGGGAGCGCAGCAGCCAUCGGGACCGGGGACAACCGACCUCUCACGAGUACCACCACGAUCCGCGCGCCGAAAGCCACAAGAACAACCCGAACGUGUACUACCGAUCUCUGCAACGGGGCGGGCUACAGGCGAACAAUGAUCUCUACUCGGUCACGGAGUUAUGAGAAAGGUUUGAUUUUUAAGUUUGUCCUUAGGAUUCGUUUGGUUUGAACUACGCGCGGCGGAACGGCUGCCCGGGAUGGGAUCACGAACGAACCCUCGAAUAGACUUCCCGCAGCCGAGCUCCCCCCACUCUAUUGUUUCUAGUUUGUCGGUGAUCAUGCUUGCUUUACGAUCCAGAUCCAGCCCUCCUCCAGUUUCGAUUCUUAUGACUUACGACUAGCGAGCUGUUGAUUGCUGCAGCAAACGGAAGGUUCACCUAGAUCAGAUUCCUCGUUUGCUACUAAGUUUCUUCAAUGCAGACUUUAGAGGUUAGGUUUUCCAAGGUAUUUGAAAAAUGAACGAUUAUACUCCAAGACUUUGUUUGGAAUUGGUUUCUCGUUUGGUUCCAGAAAUUGGUAGCCAAACGUAAAAAACAAACAAUGGAUGGAUGUGUCAUUUUUGUUUGGAUUUGAAAACAAUUGUGGCAUAUCUUUCAACUGUUAAAUGAAAAAAGAGAAACCUCUAUUUUUAUAAAGAAAAACAAUAGUUUUGUUUUCGAUACCAGAAGAACUACCGCAAGCACAGCGCAGCAUCUUAACGAGAGGUAGAUGAAAAACAAAAACAAACAAUAUCAAGUCAGAAAAACAACACGUGAGGCGAACACAAAAACAAUACGUAACCAAACACAAAUACUAGAAACACAAACACAACCAAACCUUAUCCGGUCGGGCGGUCGGUCGUUGAACUCAACACGAACUAAACUAACACAAAAAGACACAAAAAUUAAAAAAAAAAACAAACACACAAACACUUCUGUACAUACAUAUAUAGAAAGAGAGAUUUGUAGUAGAACGAGGCAAUACCAAAUUUGAAAUUAGUAAAAACCAACAAAAAAAAAUUCAAACCGAAAAAAGUAAGUUACGAACUGUUUUUACUCGAAAACAACUGAUUCACAAGCAGUGCAUAUUUUAAAACAGAACAUACAAACACUAAUAAAAAAAAAACAAGAAUUCGCACGACAAGAAAUCUCAUAUGAAACCAACGUUUAAAACUAGAAAACUUUUGCGAAAUUGAUUCCGAAAUAGUAGGUUUAUGCACUGAAGAAAUUAAGAGGAAAAAUAAAGUAAGUACUAAUACACCAAACCGAGUCGUCAUAAAUAGGAAAAAAAUAAAUCAAAUCACAACCAAUAUGUUCAUAAGAUUUAAGAGUAAAAUAAAGGAAAAAACAUUCUUAAACAAAAGAUGGAAACGAAUGAUGCGGACAACUGUAAGAGAGCCACGAGAGAGCAAAAUAAUUUAAAAAAAAAACAAACUCAAACCGAUUGUUGUUGAUGUUACUGGAUAACUUUUCAUGUUAGAGAGAGAAGCAAACAAAGCAAAAAUAAAAUUGAGCAAAAAAUAUUCCAAGAAAGAAAAACCAAAUCGAAUAAGUUGUACUAAUAAUGCAUAGACGAGAUGAUGCCGUGGAGAGAAAAAAAAACUCAAACAAAAUAAAACACAUAACCAUACAAUGAUGCUAGUGAUUACCUAAACAAUAAAGUGGAGUGGUAAACUGAAGAGGAAGACUUUGUAAAAUCAUUUUUUUUCACUGAGACACAUACAAAAAAAGACUAAAAGGAUGAAUUCAUUCACUUUGCACUUUUUCUAAAGAUUUUUUUGUAUCGUUUACAUGUUUUCAUUAGCGGUUUUUUUUUCCUAUCUAACAUCAAUCCUAAUGUAAAAAUGCGAUUUCAAAACUCGAAAUUAUUGCUUUGAAUUUCAAUUUUAUUUGAAAGUUUCAGCUUUCUUAGAACAAGUUCAGUGGUGUUGGGAGAAAGUGGUAGAAGUUAUGACACUUUUAGCAAAUUUUGAAAACUUUACCAUACGAAAACAUUUCCAGAUCUGUGGCCUUCAAGAGUUUUUUCAGUGUUGUAUUCUCGCUUGCUGUGAUGACAAAAAUAGCAAUAUUUCUAUCACAUACUUCUGGAAUAGAAACAGUGCUGUUAAAAAUUGCAACGUCUAAGGAUCUUGAAAACAAUUUUGCAUGGUAAAAUUUUCAAAACGUGCUACAAGUGUCAAAAUUUCUACCACUUUCCCCCAAAACGAGCGAAAUUUCUUUCAGAAAUUGGUUUUGUUUCGAGAAAUGUCAGUCAGCUCAAAUAGUUUUUUUUAUUGCCUGUAAAUCGAAAUGUCAGUUUCUUAUUUAAGUUAUUGAUUAGCCCACAUUUUUCCUAGUUAUCUUUUAAGUAUAUUCUCUUCUGUAAAAAGGCAAUCCAAUCUGAUAGUUUUAGUAGAUAUUGAAUCAAAAUACACAACACGUAAAAAAACAUUCAUCAUAAGCAUUCUAGUUUUAUUUAGAACAGUCUAGUUUUGUAGUAUUAAUAGCGGAAACCCCCCGAGAACAACAGUCAAUAAAACUCGCAACUCCCUCAUGAUUCGAAUUUUGGUUGAAGGAUAGCAAAAAAAGAAAAGAAAAGCAGUGAAAGAAUUCUAUUUCAGUAAUGUACUAGAGGAAAAAUGAACAUAACGACAGCAUAGAAAUGUUUUGCAUAACAAUUCUCUGGAAAACGGUCGUUUCAGAUCUCUCACACAUACACUCUCAAACAGCAGAUUGAUAAAAACAAAACAACUACAUUUACAGAAACGUUUGAGGAGCUCCCAUUUCAGUCUUUGCCGACAUUUAGGAGGAAGAAAGAAGGAAAAUUAAAGAAAAAAACAAACAAAAAAGCUCAAAAGUAACUAGAAAUAGGAAAAAGUCGGAGGUGGAAUUCGUUCCGAUUAACUAGCGUUUAAGAAUUUGAAAGUAAAUUAUAAAAAAAAAAACAGAAGGGAAAAACAGUAAUUUAAAUAAACAAUGAGAUAUAAAUAAAAAAAAAACACUUUAAAACGUCAAGAAGAAAAAAACUAGAAACAAAAAACUUAGGAUUCAAAAAUUUUUACAGUUAAGAAACAUUCGAAAGAAAUCUAAGCAAAAAAAACAAAACACUCAGACAGUGCUGUCAGUAAUUUAAACUGACAACCGUCAGCGGGUGUGUUAGUGUUGACUCAGUAGGCGUUUGCAAGUGAACGGAAUGUCGAAAAGGAAAUCCGGAAUUUCAGUCAAUUUAAUCAAAUUUGCGCAGGAAAAAGAGCGUUUUCACCCUUUAUCCGACUCUUUUUUCCCUCUUAUUUAGGUUUUGAUCGUUUUGAAAAAAUUCCCCGAUGAACGCGUACGACUUUUGGCUUGGUUUCGAUUCAAGCAGCCACGCUUGCUUUGAUACCGUACUGUAACAGGCCUAGGUUUUAAAAUUGCUUCGUUCUGUGUGCAGUUGUUUGUUUGCGAAUGUUUGAGGGAGAUGUGCGGGUUGAUGUUCGGAUGGAAUGUAUGCGUUUGUUCGAAAGAACCCGGUAGUAUUUUACCAGGGACCCCAAAUUUUAGCCUGUUUCGCCUGUAAAUAGAUAUUCUUUUGUGUGAAUCAAGUUGCGCAUAAGCUCUGGUGUUCGGUAGAUGGCAGCACUGCCAAACUCUGUCAUACUUUUUAUCUUUAAUUUUCUAUCCAUCCUCAGCAAAAACAAAAAAUACAAAUCACAACAUUCCUCCCGGCAAAUGCAAAAGCUUUCGCAGCUAUUGGUUUCUAUAUCGACUUCAAACAUUCCACCUUCCAAGCGUGCUGCCAUCUAGCGGUACCCGAGAGCUUAUGCGACUUUGUAGUCUAGAAAAGCAGAAUUUCAAUGAAAUGCACAUCUCUGUAAAAUAGUCGAUAUAUAAUAUAAACGCUGUUCAACCAAUUGGUUCAUCUGUAGAGAAGAAAAGAAAGCCAAUCGAAACGUUGUUUAGAGCAGAUCAAAACCUGUCCAGAAUGAUAACAACAAACCGGUAGGUUUUCAAAAAUCUAUUAAAAGAUACCAAAACAAGCUGAAGAAGACACCGGUUAAAUGACAGGUCGAAACGUCGGCCACCAUAAGCCAUCAAAAAAAGCUAGGAAGCUUUAACACAGAAAUCAUUUUAAAGAGAAAAAAAUAACGAAACCCAGCAUAAUAAAUCCGUUGACACUUGCAGUUACGAUUCUCAUACACUCAACGAUUGUUUUCUUUUUCUAGAAUGUUAAAACGAUUGUAGAGAAGUGCGCGAUUGUGAGUGAGCUCAGUUAAAAAAAAAAUCACUUAUAAGUGAGUUGAAUCGUUAAACAGAAAUCAACAGUCAUUUGGAAAAAGGAGAAAAAGUAAACAAACAAAAUGAAACUGAAUCGUUAAACAUGUUUUACGAGGUCUGAGCAAAACAAAGCAGAAAAGAAAACGAGAAAAGGUUACAUGUAUAAGAAGCAUACUGGUAAGAAAGUUAAGCAAAUGAAAUAAAAACACAAAAGGGUGCCAUUAUUAUUGUUCGUUUGAAUCAAUUCGAAACGGGAUGAUUAAUUUUCCUUUCAUUUUUGUCAUUUCGUCAUAAUUAUGUGAGUGGAAUUUUCCCCAAAAAUCCUGAUUUACAAUACACGCAUAGCCCAUUGGAGAAUUUUCAAAUUACAAGUGGGAAAAAAAGGAAAUCAAACUUUCAUUUUGCCUAGCAAUAGAAAAUAGGAAAUCCGACGUUAGGAAACCGUUUCAAGCACUAUUCUAGUAUCUUUCUAGUUGAAGAAAUCGAAAUAAUCAAUGAAACAUACAAACAGCAACAAAAACUAAACUAAGAAAGCUAGAAAGAAAAUCAAACAUGGAAGCUGUUUUUCCCCGAUGAUUCUCGUUAGUGAAAAAAUUAAACAAAUUAACAAACAAAAAAAAAAAGGAGCCGAAUGAAAUUAGAACCGGUGUUUGAGUACGAAGCUCCUAGGGAAUCGAUAAAAACAAAUAAAACAAUUCUCUUUCUCUCUCAUUAUUGAUCGGGUAGGAGAAAGAAAAUAUUUGAAAAUGAUGAAAAAAAAACACAGAACAAACAACACAUGUAAGCCAAACUCUUGUAUUUUUUGUAUUUAUUUUUUUAUUGUCAAUUAUUAUUUUUUACUGUCCACUAUUGAACAAGCGAAUAAAUAAAGAAAAAUUUAAAAAUA